GCAGGCACAGGCAGAGAAGGUAGCAAGGGCGGUUGUUUGGGUCCGGCAGGGCUGGAGCUUGAGCGGGCAGCUGAGGUGGGAGGCGGUAGCCGCCAUGGGGGUGCCGAAGUUUUACCGGUGGGUCUCGGAGCGGUAUCCCUGCCUCAGUCAGGUGGUGAAGGAGCAUCAGAUUCCAGAAUUUGACAACUUGUACCUGGACAUGAAUGGUAUAAUUCACCAGUGUUCACACCCUAAUGAUGAUGAUGUCCACUUCAGAAUCUCUGAAGACAAGAUCUUUGCUGAUAUAUUUCACUACUUGGAAGUAUUGUUUCGCAUUAUUAAACCAAAGAAGGUUUUCUUCAUGGCAGUUGAUGGAGUAGCUCCAAGAGCAAAAAUGAACCAACAACGUGGCAGACGCUUUAGGUCAGCAAAGGAGGCAGAGGACAAAAUAAAGAAGGCAUUAGAAAAAGGAGAAGUUCUUCCCACAGAAGCCAGAUUUGAUUCCAAUUGUAUUACACCAGGGACUGAAUUCAUGGCAAGGUUGCAUGAACACCUGAAGUAUUUCGUAAACAUGAAGAUUUCCACAGACAAAUCCUGGCAGGGCGUCACUGUCUACUUAUCGGGCCAUGAGACACCAGGAGAAGGGGAACAUAAAAUUAUGGAAUUUAUAAGGUCAGAGAAAGCAAAGCUUGACCAUGAUCCAAACACGAGACACUGUCUGUAUGGUUUAGAUGCUGACUUGAUUAUACUUGGAUUGACAAGUCAUGAGCCACAUUUCUCCCUUUUAAGAGAAGAGGUUCGAUUUGGUGGCAAAAAGUCUCAAAGAGCGUGCGCACCAGAAGAAACAACUUUUCAUCUGCUGCACUUGUCAUUAAUGAGAGAAUAUAUUGACUAUGAAUUUUCACCUGUUAAAGGCAAGAUUUCAUUUACGUAUGAAAUUGAAAGAAUAAUAGAUGACUGGAUCUUAAUGGGCUUUCUUGUCGGAAAUGAUUUUAUCCCUCAUCUACCUCAUUUGCAUAUUAACCAUGAUGCACUGCCACUGCUUUAUAGAACAUACAUGGCUAUAUUGCCUGAACUUGGAGGUUAUAUUAAUGAAAGUGGGCACCUCAACCUGCCACGCUUUGAGAAAUACCUUACCAAACUGUCAGACUUUGAUCGUGAGCACUUCAGUGAAGUCUUUGUAGAUCUAAAGUGGUUUGAAAGCAAAGUGGGCAAUAAAUAUUUGAAUGAGGCAGCUGGUAUUGCAGCUGAAGAAUCAAAAAAACAAAAGAAACACAAGGCUCAGGAAAAUGCCAUGUUCUUGGCUGCUUUAGAAAAAACUGACAAUGGAAAUGUAGCAACUCCAAAAACUGCAUUAGAAGAUGAGCCAGAAGAUGAUGAUUUGUUUGAGACAGAGUUUAGGCAAUACAAAAGAACAUAUUAUAUGACAAAGAUGGGUGUAGAAGUAGUUUCAGAUGACUUUCUGGCUUCCCAGGCAGAAUGUUAUGUCCAAGCUAUACAGUGGAUAUUGCACUACUACUACCAUGGGGUUCAGUCAUGGAGCUGGUAUUACCCCUACCAUUAUGCGCCUUACCUCUCAGAUAUUCGCAAAAUCAGUGAACUGAAGAUUCAUUUGGAUUUAGGAAAACCAUUCAUGCCAUUUGAACAGCUUCUUGCAGUGCUGCCAGCAGCUAGCAAGGGUUUGCUACCAAAAUGCUACCAGCAUCUGAUGACCAAUGAAGAGUCUCCCAUUAUUGAAUAUUACCCAACAGAAUUUAAAACUGAUCUAAAUGGAAAGCAACAAGAAUGGGAAGCAGUGGUGUUAAUCCCAUUUAUUGAUGAGAAACGGCUGUUAGAAGCAAUGGAAACCUGUAAUAAAUUAUUGACAGCAGAAGAAAAGCAAAGAAAUAGGCACAGUGAGUGCUUCAUGUACUUGUAUGAUAGAGAUGCAGAGUUCCAGUACCUGUCACCAUGGCCAGAGAAGUUCGCUUCCAUAGAAAGAUGCUAUACCAGGCAUAAAGCUAUGUCUUUGGAUGCUUGGCGUGUAGAUAUAGCCCAUAAUAAAAUAACUAAAGUGGAUUUGGAGAGGUUGUAUUUCUGUGGGUUUCCUACGCUGAAACACAUUAAUCAUAAGUUCUAUCUUAAAAAAAAUGGUGUGCAGGUGUUUCAGCAAAGCAGCCAUGGAGAAAAUAUGCUGUUGGAAAUUAUGGCUGCAGAAGAUUCAGAGGAACUGAGUGUAGCCAGUUUGGUGCUUGGAAAAUCAGUCUUUGUUAACUGGCCACACCUGGAGGAAGCCAGAGCUGUUGCUGUAUCAGAUGGCAAAACUAAGUUUAAUUUGGAGGAGCCUCCUGGAACACAGAAACUCUAUCUGGGAAGUACUGUGCCACCGACUAAAGUAACAUUUGUUGGAGAUAAGGAACAGAAUAUAUGGCUAAAAGAAAUCCAGGGAAUUUCAGAAGACUACCAGAGAAGAAAAGGAGUAAUUAUAAAUGAAACAUUUGUAAUUGUAUAUGCUCAGUUACUAACUGGAUGUAGAUACCAGUUAAAUCAAAGUGGUAAAGUGUAUUUGGAGAAGCAAUGGUCCAAGCAAGUUCUUCCUUUUGCAUACCAAACAAUUGUCAAGGAUAUAAAAACGUUUGAUUCCCGCUUCUCCAAACUCAAAACUUUGGAUGAUCUAUUCCCUCUUGGAUGUACAGUCUUCAUGCUGGGAACGCCUUACUAUGGCUGCACAGGAGAAGUUCAGGAUUCGUCUGAUGUUAUCUUAGAAGGUAGAAUCCGUGUUGUUUUCAACAUUCCAUGUGAACCUCAGCUGGAUGUCUUAAUGCAGAAUCAGCAUAAAUACUCUGUGAAAUACAAUCCUGGAUAUGUGUUGGCCAGUCGUCUUGGAGUGAGUGGCUAUCUUGUAUCAAGAUUUACAGGAAGCAUUUUUAUUGGAAGAGGAUCCAGGAGAAAUCCACAUGGAGACCAUAAAGCAAAUGUGGGAUUGAACCUAAAAUUCAAUAAAAAGAAUGAAGAAGUCCCUGGCUAUACUAAAAAAGUUGGAAAUGAGUGGAUGUAUUCCUCUGCAGUAGAGCAGCUCCUUGCUGAAUAUUUAGAAAGGACACCAGAGGUUUUUAGUUACCUUGCCAAAAACAGUCAAGAAGAUAUAUUCUAUGAAGAUGACAUCUGGCCUGGUGAAGAAGAGAAUGGUGCUGAGAAAGUUCAAGAAAUCGUUGCAUGGCUAAAGGCUCAUCCCGUCAGCACACUCUCACGUUCCUCUUGUGAUUUACAAAUUUUGGAUGCAGCUAUCGUUGAAAAGAUUGAAGAAGAAAUAGAAAAGUGCAAGCAAAGAAAAAGUAAUAAGAAAGUACGUGUGACAGUGAAACCUCACUUGUUAUACAGACCUUUAGAACAACAACAUGGAAUUAUACCAGACCAAGAUGCAGAAUAUCGACUAUUUGACCGUGUUGUGAAUGUGAGAGAGAGCUUUUCUGUUCCCCUUGGACUUCGUGGGACUGUAGUAGGAAUUAAAGGAGCCAGCAGAGAAUCUGAUGUGCUGUUUGAAGUACUCUUUGAUGAAGAGUUUCAUGGAGGCUUAACAAUAAGGAGCUCACCUGCCAGAGGGUAUCGCAUGCCAGCUAGUGCCUUAAUUAACCUCUCUCAUGGUAAUCGAUUUGAAACAGGAAAUCAGAAGCUAACAGCCAUAGUCAAACCCCAGCCAGCUGUGAGUCCCUACAGCUCAUAUUCACCUGAAUCAUUAUCUGUAUCUUCACAAAAAGCACAUCUAGGAGGUCUCAACCAUUCCCCUCGUUCCCUCUUUGUUCCAACUCGACAAUUGAAUGGAAAACAGCAUAACAGUAUGAAGGCUGAAAACCAGGGAAAUUCCAGUUUCGUCCAGAAGGGACCUUAUUUAAGUGGCAAUCAAAAAUAUAAAGCUCACAAUAAACAAGAUGAUGAAUUUUGCAACAUUUGGCAAUCAUUGCAAAGCUCUGGGAAGCCUCAGCCUACGCAACAAAAUAGGCAUGACAAGGGUGGAACUUUACCUCAAUACAUAAAGCUAAGUACCAGUGGCCAGUUUUGCAAGCCGGGCUUUAAUGAGAGUAGCUUCAAAGGCCAGCAACGAAAACAGGAAUCGUUUAGGAAAUCCAAAGAAGACUCUAAAGAUUCAAGAAAUGAAGGUCAAACUCAUAAACUAUCAAAUAAACCGAAUUUUUCAGGUGCUAAUAAGUAUAACGUGAAGCUUUUGAAGCGGAAUGAAGGCCCAAAUGUGCCAGUAGAACAAAAGCCUUCAGUUGAUGGACCCAGUAUAACUGAGAAGACUGGAUCUGAACUUGAAGACAUUUUGGCAUCUCUGAAUAUUUUCAAAGAAAAGGAAGUGAAAUCAUCUUAUUCCAAGGAGCCAACAAAUGAAGAGCAUUUGUCUCCACAGUCUUUUGCUAUGAAAGGAACACAGAUGCUCAAAGAAAUUUUGAAGAUAGAUGCUUCUGAUACAGCAGAAGCAAAGACAACAGCUAAUGAAGUUUCUACUUCCACUUGUAGGCAGGAAUCUCAUGAGCCUGCCUCACAACAUAAACAUACAAAAAAGAUGGCAGCUUUCAUGAACAAAUCCCCUAGCACAGGAGGGUCUCAGGCCAUGGAAACUGGAGGCCACCCACUUCUUGGACCACCACCAAACCCGUUGUCUACUCCAGUAUCUGAGCUUUCUCGUAUCUGUUCACUUGUUGGAAUGCUACAGCCAGAUUUUUCAUUCCUUAGAACCCCACAGACAAUGACAGUUUGUCAAGUAAAGCUAUCAAAUGGUUUAUUAGUACAUGGACCUCAAUGUCAUUCUGAAAAUGAAGCCAAGGAGAAAGCAGCAUUUUUUGCUUUACAACAAUUGAGCUCUGUUGGGAUGAAUUUUCCUCUGCCACCGCCACCAGUAUUUCCAAAUUAUCAGCCUAUGGGAGCUAUUGUGCCACCCGGAUCCAUCCCUCCAGUUUUCACCCAGCCCUCUGCUAAUAUGUUUCCUUCACCAUCUCAUCCAUUUGGCCCAGUGCCGUGGGGAGCACCAGUGCCAGUUCAUGGCAAGCCUUAUUAUCCUGGUUCCUAUCCUGGAAAUAUGCCUUUUUUAGGCACUGUACCAGUUGGCACACACAAUCAGUUUAUACCUUUGCAGGUAACUAAAAAAAGGGCUGCAAGCAAGAUUAAUUUUGAACCUAAGGAAUUCCCAACUUCUCUUCAAGAUGUGCAGUUAAGGAAUGAACAGUUAACGUCUGACACCACAAAACUGAAUCCACAAGAUGCUGCUUCAGAUCCUUUAAGAUCUCCUCUUCAAGCUGCUCAAUCUAUAAUGUCUUUUCAAGAGAAAAUAGCUUCUCAAAGCUCAGUUGCAUCUCGUAAAAAAUCAACACCAAAUGUUUCCUCCAAGCGAAAGCCAAGAAAAUUGGCUGUCAAUUUUGGUGCACCCAAAUCUUCAGAAUAAGGAUGGUAUAUGGAUAAUAUUAUUUUUCCAUAAGAGAUAUACAUCAAUAAAUACUAUUUUAAAUUAUGAGCCUAAUUCAGAAGAUGCAUUGAACUGUUAAUAUUUUCUGUCAAUUAAAUUAUAUUAAAAAAUAAUUAUGUUCACUAAAGAGUUUGAUUUAAUCUGAUACAAACCAGGAAAUUCUGAAUAAGGUAACUUACCCUAGCCAUCGUGCCUAGGACACUAAAAAGUGGCUUUUAUGUACUAUCCCAGGAGAGGAGCAAUAAUGCUGUCAUGGCAGUCGUAAGAAUUCCUUUGUUUAAACCAAGAGAUAAAAGACUUCGGCUAAUACAAAGCAUGAUUGUUUGUUUUGUCUCCUUUUUAAUUAUUAUAACUUCUCAAAGUGAUUUAUUUAUAUGUAACCUGCAUAUUUGAUUUCUAUAUUUCCAGAUCCUUUUGAUCUGAUACAGUGUGAAUAGAUUCUAACUAUUGUGGCACUGCCAGCUUUGCUUUGUGUAAGGUUCAUUUCUAGGAGUUAUUCCUAAGAAGCUUAAAAACUUGGACAUUGUCUAUCUAGAAUUAUUGUAAUAUACUGUCUUUAUCUAAAUGGCACCAUGAACAAGCCACUGACAGUGAAACCAGAGUAAAUAAAUGCUUCAGGGAUGAUUUACAGAUCAAUUUAAAUGAAAAUUUAUUAAGAGGUACCCCAUAAUAGUUGCAAUUUUGAGAAUGAUUCCUGUCUGCUGCUCACUAAACACAUGGUCCUGUUCAAUGUAACAACCCCAAGUUAACCUGUGGCUUGGUCUUGGGUUAACAUGGGGUUGUUUAAUCCACCAACAACCCCAGUUGCCCCCGUUUAAAUGUCAUGGAAACAACCUUUGAGGGCAGCAUUCGAGGGUUGUUAAUCAAAACAGGAAACAGUGCACACUCCUGAAAUUUGUGGGUUACCCGUGAUUUGCUGCUGAAUGCCACCAUGAUGCGCAAACAGGGUCAUAACCUCCACUACAAAUCCAAUUUUGUUCCUAACACAAUUUUUUAAAAAAUACCAUUUAGUACUUCCCUUGUUCUGGUCUAUCCAAUAGUGCAGUUUCAUAAAUAUGAGUAAUCUUUCCAGUUAUUCAAAAUUAAGUGUGGUUCUGUAGACUAGAUUUAAAUUUUACAGUUUUCUUAAGAGUAUGGCAGUCAACUCAGUCUAACUAAUAUUCAGAUUCAAACAUAAGUCUUUGUUCUACUGUACUGUCUUUCUAUAGUCUAAUGUUCUACAGUACACAUGUUCCAUAUUUUGAGAGAGGUAAAAUAGUAAGUUGAAGGAUACUGUUUUAUCACUAACUUUUAAAAUACCACAAUAUUAUUUUAACACAAGCAAUCUUAGCAGUUGUACUGUGAGGGUGGGUGUGUACACUGUAAUGUAUCGCACAUUACUUUUUCCAGACAAAUUCCCAUGUAAAAAAAUUUCUGAACAGUGCCAUUAAAUGUAAUUUUAGUCCAAGGUAUAUGCAUAACAGAGCUAUUUAAAUGUAAGUGUCUCACUGUGUGGCUUCAAGCCAAAAAUAUACUAGUACCACUUCUGAAAGAGUGUAUGUACUUUUUCUGUCAUGCCGAUUAAUGUUCAUGCAACAGCUAUAGAAUGUUCCUUAGCUUAAGGGCAUUUUUACAUUGCAGCGUAAGUGGGAAUUUACCACAUAACCUUGGGCACAAUCCAGCUAAAGUGAGAAAUGCUUUCCCCAGUGAUUUCACUUUAAGAAGGAACACAUGCUUAAUGCCCUAUAAUAGGAUGUAAAAGUGCUUUAAUUUGGUGCACAGUCCAGACAUAUUUCCAUUGAUAAGGUCUGGCAUAUUCUGCUCGUUAAUAUAGUUUUCUCAACUCAGGUUGUAUGGUGUUUUUACUUCAAUCUCUAGAGCAUGAAUAUGCUUACAAACUUUCAUGGAAGAAGUGAUUUGAUUUGCCAGUGCGUAUGAUGUACUACUUAGAAUUUUUAUUUGUUUGCAUGCUUAGGGUUAUACAUGGCUAACUCUCCCUUAAUCCAGGCACAGGAAUCUCUUUUACCAUACCAAAUCCUGUAAGACUUACUGGCCUGGUUCAGACAACAAACUAAACCAUGCUGCUUAACCACAAAAUGGUUAACAGAAUGCAUUGACCUUAAUGAAUUCUAUUAACCGUUUUGUGGUUAAGCAGUAUGGUUUAGCGUGUUGCUGAGCCAGGCCACUAUGGCUUCUGCUUUCUGCAUACUAGAACUAGACAUCUAAAAGAAGGAUUUAUUCAAUUUGCUAUCUCAGAACCCCCAAACAAUCUAUCUGUUGGCACCUUUAUAGCAGGACUUCGGUGUUUUCAAUUCUAGUAAAACUGCCCAACAAGUUUUCAUCAGCCUGGUUCCCAUCUAUGUUCUGCAUCUCUAGCUUUCUUUGUGUUUUAUUUUCUCUGUUAAUUUGCAGGAUCAGUAUUAGUUUCCUUAUACCUGGUGCCCAGUAUUUAGAUGUGUAACAUCUAAGUCAUAAAUAAUUGGCUUAUGACAUUUUACCCACUAUUUCAGCUUGGUUUUUAUAAAUAUAUAUUGCUCAUUUUCUCUCAAAGUGUAUUUUGUAAAUGCUGGAUUUUUUCACUAAGAUCUUGUACAGAGCAGUAUUUUAUUAUAAUCCGAAAGGGAAGACUUAUGUGCACAUUUUUAUAGUUUCUUUUUUUAAAAAAAGAACUUUGUCUAUCUGCCAAGUGAAAUGUUUUAAAUUGGCAUGAAUAUGAAGUGUAUUUUUGUGUAUAGUGUUGUGCAUUUCAGAAUUCUAGCAUGUAGUGGUGCAAAGGAUUGUGCAAAGGUAUUUUAAAUACGAAUGUAAAAAUAUACAUGGAAGGAAUAAAUCACAUGGAUUAAAUUCUCUGGGCAACUUUAAUACAAUAAUUUUAUAGAAGACUUGGCCUCGUCUGCUUGCAUUAAAAAUGUAAACUAAAA